UUUAGAACGAGAGACUGUUCAAAUCUUGACGUUUUUAUUUUAGUAAACACACAGCCAAUAAUAGAAUCAAGUACUGGUAUUCGUCUCGGCUGUUUCCAGUUCUACUAUGAUCAGCUCUCAGAACAUAUGUUCCAGGCGGAUAUCAGUCCUUGGCAGAAUUUUUGGUGGAAGGUGCACGACUUUACCCCUGUAAAAGGAGAAAAGAAUUGGAGUAAACUUGGAACUAUUUUUAAAGUUGAAGAUUACCUACCUCUACCCACUUCUGAUCAGGGAAGGAACGGAAGUGCUAAAGAAGAAAAGUCCCUGGUUCCCCUGACUGUAGGUCCCUCAAGAUCUCUCUCUGGUGAGGAAGUUUCUCUAGUUGUUAUUUUCCAAUCUGACAGGCAGAUAGAGAUUGGCUGGAAUAGUUUGAAAAAACUAAAAGAAUACCCAAAUGUUUAUUUAGUCCGUACUGCACAUAUUCUGGUCAGACGAGCCGACGCAGAGAGAUUGUUCCCAGCCUGGGUUGACCGGGUAGAUAGGGGUAAACUACUCUGCUUUCAUCUUGCAGGAGCAGGAGCAGAUACAUUAGCCAGAAAAAUGAAGGAGAGGGAGGUAGGUGGAAUCUGGAUAAGCGAGGGUAACGGAGAAAAAGAUGUACAGGGACUUUUCGGACUUUCUGAGAUGGCAAUGGGAUUCUAAGAGCUGAAUUCGAACUGGUUGAUUCUAAACAAAGUUUAAUUAUGAAUAAACAUGCAGGGAUUCCCUGAUCAAUAAGCUUGGGAAUUAAGUGACGAGUUCGAAGUCUUUUUCUAUUUGCGCUUUAUUUAAUUCUGAUUAGAUUAUCAAAAAGCAUCAAAGAUGAUCAAAAUGCCGUCAUCAAAUUUACAUUUUUUAAAGAAUAAUCUUAUUAAAAAUGUUCUGAAAAAGUGAGAAUAGAUCGUAAAUCCUUAUUUAUGACAUUAUCUUUACGGUUUUUAUGUAAAACGUUUUUAAUAAUAAUUUUUAUUGUCAUCAUAAUUUACUAAAUACAAUUAGUAGACUUUUUCAAGAAUAUACAUUGGAAAAAAUUGGUUUGAGAAUUCAAAGUUUCAUAAUUUUUUUUAAAGUCUGACUUCAUACAUUUAUUGACGCAUGAAAAAUAUGAAAUAGGAGGAAUACUAAUUGAAAUAUUGAAAAUAAGUUACAUUUCAAGCUAUUGGUAAAAACAAUUUACUUCAUAACAACAUUAAGAUAAUCAUAAGAUCGCAUCAAUGUCGUCUUCUCAUUUUUGGGCCCCACUGAAUGUAAAUAUCUUUUUUGAUCGUAAUUAUUAUCAUUAUUAAUUCUGAAACUCAAUGGUUGUGUACCGUGUACCGUUCUUUAAUUUUAAUAAAAGUUUGAAAUUAAUAUUUA